AUGUGGCCAGUGGUGAUGCACUGCGCCUUUGCUGGCUGGGUUAUCUCACAAUAUUUUUGCCUCCAGGGACUCACCCAGGACACAAACUCCUUCUUCAUGUGCCGGAAGCUGCGGUCGCUGGGAGUGAAAGUUGCCAGAAUCUCCGUGGUCCCCGAUGACGUCGAUACUAUCGCCACGGAGAUCUCCUCCUUCUCAGCCAAGUUCACCUAUGUGCUGACAUCAGGGGGCAUCGGCCCCACCCACGAUGAUGUGACCUUUGAGGCGGUGGCCAAAGCCUUCGGGGAGCAGGUUUGCCCCCACCCAGAGCUGGUCGCCCUGGUACACAGGUUCUUUGGCAAGACGGACGUGCAUUGCCCCCAGAUGAAGCUGGCGCACGUCCCUGAGUCCUCGCUGCUCAACUACGGCACGGACAAGAGGACGGGCGAUGCCAUGAAAUACCCCCUUGUCAGCGUGCGCAAUGUCUACGUCUUCCCGGGCAUCCCGGUGCUGAUGGAGCGGGCGCUGGAGGGGCUCAGCCACCUCUUCCACAACGAGCAGACCCGCUUCCACUCCCGGGAGAUCUACGUCAGCGCCGACGAGACGCUCCUGGCACCCAUUCUCAACCAGGCCAAUGCCCACUUUGGGUGCCACACGCACCUGGGCUCCUACCCUGACUGGGUCAACAACUACUACCGCGUGAGGCUGACCCUGGACUCGGAGUCUGAGCAGCACCUGGAGGAAGCCUACAGCUUCCUGAUGCAGAACCUGCCCCCUGCGCUGGUCGUGCCCCUGGUGACAGACCCUGUGGCGCGGGCAGCUACGGACGUGUAUGCCCUGGCUGAGUCUGGUUCCGCCCUGGGCCAGAAGGUGGCAGCAGCGCUCCGGACCAUCGACGAGGCCUUGGAUCGGUUCAGCCUGGCCCAGAUCUGCGUGGGUUUCAACGGGGGCAAGGACUGCACAGCCCUGCUGCACCUGUUCCACGCCGCCGUGCAGAGGCGAUUCCCACAGCGGGAGGAGAAGCUGCAGGUGCUCUACAUUCGCAUCGUGUCCCCCUUCCCCGAGAUGGAGCAGUUCAUUCAGGCUACCACCCAGAGGUACGACCUCCACCUCUGCGCAGUGCAGGGCCGCAUCCAGCAGGCACUGGCAGACCUGAAGGCCCAGCACCCCCAGCUGCAGGCCGUGCUGAUGGGGACGAGGAGGACUGACCCCUACUCCCGCACUCUGACGCCCAUGUGUAUGACCGACGCCGGCUGGCCCGAGUACAUGCGGGUGAACCCCCUGCUGGACUGGACGUACCGGGACAUCUGGCAGUUCCUGCGCACGCUCUUCGUCCCGUACUGCAUCCUGUAUGACAAGGGCUACACCUCCCUGGGGAGCAUGAGCAACACGCAGAAGAACCCGGCGCUGCGCUCCGCCAACGCGCUGGGCCAGGAGAGCUACCGACCGGCCUACCUGCUGGAGAACGAGGAGGAGGAGCGCACCUCGCGCCAGUGAGGCCCUGCCAGGCGGGCCCCGGCCACAAGAACCCUCCACUCGGCGGCGAACUGGACUGAGCGUGGGCUGCUCCCCCGGGACACCCACCCGCGGCCUGGGGUCCUGCCUCCCAGACACCUGGAGCAGCCGUGUGCCCCCCGCCCACUGGGCACUGCUGACUGGGGCAUGCGGAGGGAGGGCCUGGGGGCCCUAUGAAUA